CAUUCGGAUUUACGCGGAUUCAGUUGUGGUGUUCGUGAGUUGAAAAAAAUAUUUUAGUGGAGAAUUGGAAAAAUUCUUGUGGCCAAUUGAGAAAAAAUAAAAGAAUCCGACACACAUAUAUCAUCUCGUACAUAUACACAUAUAUAAGUGAACCUACCAAAUGUAGUGGAAUAGAAGAAAAAUCAGAUUUCUUUUCGAAACGGAGAAAAUGUUUAAUGUUUUCUAAACAGCAGCGACAAAAGCAAUAAUUGUUGGUUUUUGUAAAAAGUCUUUAAUAGUAAACAUAGUUUUAAGUGUGAGAGUCAGAAAAAAGUGAGUGCGUGUGUGUAGCGACAGCAGAAGAAAAUUGAAUUAAAUUUAAACGCAAUUCAACAUUUUUUCUACACUAGCGAAGAAGAAAAAAAGAGGAGUGUGUGUACCGUGAAGAAGCACUGCAGAGUCGUCCGUCAUUCCGUGGAAAUUCAUGAAGUCAAAAACCUUUUGAAAUCAAAAAGCAAAAGUCCAGCGCAGAGACGGAAGACAUGAUAUAAAAAAUAUAAAUACAUGUUUUUACAAAAAUAAAAGUCAUUACAAAUAACAAAUAAAAAGCCAACACAUGAUUUCAUAUAAAAUACCAAAGAAGAAUUUUUUGAAAAUUGUAAAACCAAACUCAAGGAAUUGAAAAACAGGCGAAUUAAAUUCAAAAAAACAAUAAAAACACAAGCAACAUUGUAAGAGGCCUUUUAAACGGACACAUAACAAAACAAAAAAACAGGACGGCGCAACUCAACUCAGAAACUGCUGAAAGUGAACAUAAAUGGUUUCUACUUUCAUAGGACUUUUGGAUAUACAAUCAUGGUGGGAGAUACCGUGCAUUUCACAUUUUUGUUCAUUGUUUAGUUCAGCGUUUGAUUUACCAGAUAUUGAUAUUGAGGAUUUAGAAUCCGCCUUAUUAUCCGAUGGUACUACCACAGAUGAUGAACAUCACAUUGCUCUAGUGCCUGAAUUAAUUGUACGCCUACUAAAGGGUUGCGAUGCCUUACGUUCGGUAGCAAAAGAAAUAACCCAUAGUAAUUAUCAAAUGUUCUUGCGGCGUUUCCUGCGCCAACAGUGUCGUCUUCACAAUACCGAAAACCAUUUUGAUACCGAUAUUGAUUUUCAAUCGUUACCCGUACGUAAACGUCUGCUGAUUUUAUAUGAUCUAUGUCAUUUUCGUUUGGACAGCGUCGAUGUCCAGGUCAUCUUAAAUAAUCUCGAAUCGGAUAGUCUUCGUGUCGAACCGUUGGGUUAUGAUUCCAAAAAUUCGGGCUACUGGUAUUUUUAUGGUACCCGAUUGUAUCGCGAAGAUAAGCCAGCUGGUGCAAGUAGUUUAAAAUCGAACUCCGUGUGGCAGGUGAUCUGUUUCACCGAAGAAGAUUGGCAAAAUCUAGCGGCAAAAUUUAAGGCCUCCACAAAUGCCAAAGAAAAGGAAUUAUAUCAAAUAUUAGAUGAGAAUUUUUUGCCCAAAUUGCCGCAAUUGUUUAAGGAGCGUGAACGCUUGAGGCGAAGGAAAUUACUGCAAGUUCGCAACUCAAGUCGCAUACGCAAUUUGGCAGAGCUAAAAGAACGGCAAGAAAAGGAACGUCAAGAAAAAGAACGCAAACAAAAAGAACGUCAACGUUUACAAUUUGAACAGCCGCCACCGAAAAAUUCACAACUUAGAGCUCGCAGAUGCUCACAAUCAACCUCAACAGCCAGUGGGAUUUCAACCUAUGCCAGUUCGCUGCGUCGUACAAUCACCACAAAUUCGAGUGAUUUUUUAGGACAUCGAGAAACGUUCUGUCUAACACCCGAAGACGAGGACGACGAAGACGACGAGGCCGGUGAAAUUGAUCGUUAUUACGACGAAGAUGAUGAUGGCGAUGAACAAUAUCAACAACAUCAGCAGCAACAACAGCAACAAAAACAAUUAGAAUAUCAUCAUCAGGCCAACACCGGAGAAGAUUUUAUCCAAGAAAAAAGUCAGCACAAAGUUGUAGACUACACAACAACUCUUACCGAUGAACACUUGAAUCUAUUGAAGAAUAUCAAAUUAGAACCCAACGAAGAGGAGGAGGAGGAGGAACAAGAGCAACAAGCACUAGCAGCAAGAGCAGAAGAAGAAGAACAACAACAAAUUGAAUUACCAACAGAAAAAUCGGAAAUUUUAUUGCCCGAAGAACAAGGGGGCGAAGAUCAAGCCGAAGAGGAGGAAGCAGAACAUCACAGUCAAAUAAAUUACUCGAAACAUUUGGCCACACAUAACGUUAAUCAAAAUAUCGAUGAACACAACAACACAGAGGAACAAGAACAACAACAGCAACUGCAGCAAGAGGAAGAAGAGGAACAACAACACAGUAAAUUAAAUAAAAAAUCACAUCAUCACCACCAGCGUCAUCAUCAUCAUCACCACCAUCACAAAAAGAAAAAAUCUCAAAAGAAACAGAAAAAGAAAUCCAAAGAACAUCGCAGAAAACAAAAACACAGCAAUAGGACAAACGAAACAACCUCAACUGAUCAUCAGCAACAACAACAGCAACACCGUAAUCAGCCAUUGCAAGAGGAGGUGGUGGUGAUUGCUGCUGAUGUCAAAAAGGAUACUCCGCAUCCACCACAAAUUUCCGCCACACAACUACAUUUGUUAUCCGAAAAACUAGCCAAACACAAUAAUCACCACUCAACAGCAGCGGGGUCGGGGGCAACUUCUCUUACGCCAUAUCAUCGCAAUCAUAUCGAUGAAGAAGAGCCAGUAUUAAGUCCUGAAGAUAAGGAGAAUUUUUGUCGUGCCCUUGGUGUUGUGCCCACAGAAAGUCUACAUUUAUUUUUACCACAAAAUCACAGUAGCCACAAUCAUCAGAACGACACAACCGGCACUGGAACGGCAACAACACACAACCAUCAUCACGAAUCGUUGGCCAGUGUGGCCGUAGUUACAGCGACGAUCAACAAAAAGGAGAAGGGCAAAAAGACCAAUCUACCCAGUGCUGUGCAACAGGAUAUGGCACCAGCUACAAAUAUGAAAUUACCGGGACGUCAAACAAACAACUCACUUUCCUCACUAACCGGCAAUAUAUUCAUACCACCCGCCCUGCAAGAUUCGUCUUCAGCCGGUGGUGGUACUUCUUCCCACAAUUCCACAAAUUCUUCAACUAAAACAAAUAAAAAUUCCACCAUGGCCAAUAGGAAACAAAAAUCCACAGACUCUUCCUCGACCAGCAACAACAACAGCACCACAACAAAAUCGGCGGGAGGACGUAAAUCAAAAUCAAAUACCAAAGCAAAUAGCGAUGCUACUGCGGCCGCGGUCUCAACGCCAGCCUCCAAAGAUGACCGAGAAGAGUCCAGCAAUAGCAUUACAACAAAUUCCAAGACCACCAACAUUUCAUCACAGAGUUCCGAAAAAAGUGCCGAUGACAAGAGCCAGAACCACAAGGGCCACAAAAGCCAACAACAACAUCAGGACCAGUUGUCAACCUGUUCCUCCAAGAUCGCUAGUAAUGACAAUAAUAAUCAGCCUUGCAGUAGAGCAUCCAGGUCGAGCACAGCCAUGGCUACUACUUCUCCAGAUAUGGCCACCAUACCGCCAACUAAACGUUAUUUGAAACAUCAGACACAUAACAUUCACAAUACUACUACUUCUUCCUCUACAACCAACACUACCUCUUCCUCUUGUUUGUCCACCUCUUCUAUAGCCAACACCACCAAUCCUAGUGAUAAUAAUUCUCAUUUAACUACUUCCACUAGUAAUAAUACUGUUACUAAUACUAAUGCACAAUUUCCCAAUCAUCAACAUCAUCAUAACCAUCAUCAUCAUCACAACCACAACAAUAAUAAUCAUUCCCUACUCCAACAUGAUUCCACUUAUGUACAUAAAAAAUCCUCAACAUCCUAUCACAAAUAUCAAUCACAAAAACAUCAACACCAACACCAUUAUCAUCAUUCUCAUCAUCACCAUCAACAUAAUAAUAAUCAUCAUCACCACCAUCAUCAUCAUCAACAACAAUCAACCAAAUCUCUAUACUCCACCACAACAACAACCUCCACAACCACCACCACCAACAACUACAACAAUUAUUGUACGAACAAAAAUUCCAUCACAACAAAUGUUCUUAGCUUUACCGAAAUGGAGGAGGUCCUACAAAUUGGCAUGCACAAAGUACUGGUCUAUGUGAAAAAUCAUCGUGAUGCUUGGCCCUUUAUGGAUCCGGUGGAAGAAGAUAUUGCCCCCAGAUAUUAUUCCAUAAUCAGAAGGCCCAUGGAUCUCUUGAAGAUGGAAGACAAACUGGAUAAUGGAGAAUAUCAAAAAUUCAGUGAUUUUCGCAAUGAUUUUAAAUUAAUUGUAAAUAAUUGUCGGCUAUAUAAUGGCAAUGAUAAUGAAUAUACCGAAAUGGUAAAUAAACUCCAAGAGGCCUUCGACAAAGCCACCAAAAAAUAUUUCGAUCAUCUCUCCGAUGAUGAUGAGGAUGAUCCAAAUCUAAGCUAUCCGGCGGCUGAUUCCAAAAUGAAUGUUUUUCGUGAAAAAUAUUUCAAUAAAAAGGCCAAAGAUAAGGAAAAUCAAGAUACCACAACAACAGCGACCAGUGGCAGUAGCAGCGGCGGUGGUGGCAAAAAGUCGGGACAUAAAUCUCAGGAACGCAGAAGUGGUAAACACGGCAAAAAAUCAAAUGUCAAUGAUGAGGACAAUGAUGACGACGAAACCGUCACAAGGGAGGAGACGGUUUUAAAAGAUGAAAGCGAUCGUGGCGAGGAUCUUGAGGCCGAAAACGGAGAACACAAAACAUCAAAACGCAAAAAGAAAGAUAAAGACAAAAAACGUAAACGAAAAUCAAAAUCAAAUAAAAAAGGCGAUAAAUCAAUACAAAGCGGUGACGAAGAAGACGAAGAUAUGGAUGUGGAUGAAGAGAAUGCCGCCGAUGAGGACUUAGAGGAGAGUAGAAACUCGUCAAAGAAAUCGAAAAGUUCAAAAGAUUCCUCGAAAAGAGAUAAGAAAUCGAAAAAAUCCAAAUUGGGCAAAUCGAAGAAGUCUUCAAAGAAAAAGGGCGGCGGCAGCACCCGACAAAAGGAAGAUGAAUAUGAUUUCUCGGAAGAGGAAAAUAUGCUGGAAAUGGAAUCCGAGGAGGAGCCUGACAAUGAAGACGAGGAUGAAAGUUUUGAGGUAAAGUCAAGCAGCAAACAACGGGCCAAGAACAAGACAAAGGAAACAAAGUCAGCCGGCGGCAACAAAUCAAAUCAAAAGAAAAAGAAUUCAGGGAAAAAGAAAGACAAAAAACCCAAAACAAAAACGAAAGGCCGGGGAAAGAAUUCUUCUAAAAUGUCCGAAUCCGAUGAGGACGAGGAGUCAUCGUCUGACGAUGAAGACAGAAUACAAGACGAGGUCGAAGAAGAACCUCCGCCGCCACCACCCACACCCAAGGCUGUCAACAAACGCAAAUCCUCAAUACCCUCAAACAAAGAUCUUCCUCCACCUGCCGUGGCAGCUUUAGAAGCUUCAGCCUCUGAAUUGGAAGAAGAAAUCCACGAUGAUGACGAUUCGCGCAGCAUGUCACCAUUUAAAGUUGAUCUACACAAAAAAUACUCAAAAAGUGCCCUUAACGAUGAUCUAUCCGAGCUGUUGACAACGGUCAAGAAAGUGCAAAGCACUACAGCAAAUGUGCCAACAGCAGCAGAUUCCGAUAGAGAAGAUUUCAAAUCCAUAACUAGUCAUAGUUCCGGAGAGGAAGAAGAAUCUCGAGAGCCUUCUCCGGAACCACCCAAAAGGAGGGGAGCAGCUGCAGCGGGUCGUAGGGGAGCAACUCGAAACAAUAAGACAAAAGAAAAUAAACGUAAACGCUCCAUAUCCUCCUCAUCAUCCACUUCGAAUGAUAAAAAGAAAAAGGAUCCAGAAAAAGAUGCGGCAGCAGCAGCUGCAGCGGCCGAGCAAGCGGAAUUGGAAAUGCUACUGCCUUUCUUGGAUAAAUAUGAACUUAUAAAAUAUCGUAGGAGUAGAGCUUUAGCUAAUCAACAGAAUGCUGCUGCGGAGGCAAAACCGACGGCCACCAAAUCGAGCAGUUCUCGUAAGAAAGACACCUCAGCGGCAAAGAAAGCUGAGGCUGAAAAGACUCCCGAUAAGCCAACGGAGACGACAAGGGGUCGGAAAUCUCGUGACGCAUCAAAGCGGGCCAAAAAGAAUUUGGAAAAAACUUUGAGCGUUGAAGAACCUCAAUCACAAGAGGUUUCACCUCCAGCUGCCAGUAAGCCAGAUGAGACAACUUCCAAAAAGGAUGCUGCCAACGAAAAGCAUAAAAAGACCCAGGAAUUGGUAACGAAGAAAGAUGAAGACGAAGAAAAGGUGGAAGAGGUAAUUGAGGAUGAUGCAACAACCCAGGUUGAAACAAAGGCAGUGGUGGAAGAUGAAAAUCUGGUCAUUGAGGAGGAAGUAAAACAGCCCAUCCCAACACCGGUAACAGAAGGCAAAGACAAAAAACCCUUGACCGCCGACAAGUUGCCACCUAAAAAGAAGGAUAAAUUGAAGGCCUUUGUAAGAGAGCCAACACCACCUCCUUUGGAACUGGAAGUGGCACAUGAAGCCCCAUUACAAGUCCCUGUGCCGGAGGUGGUGAUAGAACCCCCCAAGGUAGAGGAAUUAAAGAUAAUUGAGGAAAAACCCCAGCCACCACCUCCACCCAAGAAGGCAUUGCAAAAGAAAGCCUCCUCUGGCAAUAAUCAAGGUACAACAGGAAAGAGGGGAGCAUCCAAUAAGAAUUCUGCAAACAAAAACAAUUCAUUGAAUACAAAUACCUCUUCGGCCAAUAUGGAAGCAUUGGAUGUGGAAACAGAGCAAACCCUUAAAGACAUUAAUCGUUGGUUGGAACAUACUCCACGUUUUUCGGAAUUCUCCUCAGCCUCAAAUUCACCAUCCCGCUAUAUGAUGGAUGAUUUUGAUGCCACCAUAUCAGCCAAACUGGAAGAGCCAGCCGGUGCCAAGGAUGAUUUGAUGCCAGUCAAGCUGCAAGAGGCCUUUGAUGAACUUGUUGCCGAUAAUAACUCCUCAUCCGAUUCCAAUUUACCAAAGAAAGACAUACUCAAUGAGCUGUUGCCUUCAUCAACCGUGCUGCCCAGAGUUACAUCACCACCACAUUCAACCACUUCGGGACAUUCGGUGGGCAGUACCUCGGUGAAUGCCUCCUCAAACUCCUCGUCAAUUAAUGCUCCCUCAAUAGCUUCUUUGAAUUCGGUGGCUGCUGCCAACACUCCCCUGCUGAUACCACCACCCACAACAAUAGCGCCCUCCUUGACGACGGUGACAAUGCCCAAACCCAAGGAGCCUUCAACCACACAACUGCUCUUACACCCCCCACCACCGCCACACAUUAAAAAACAAAUGGCCAAGGAGGAUAAAAGGAAAUCGCUGAAAGAGAAAUUACAGGCCUCCUCAAAUACACGGAGGAAAGACAAUCUUCUCAGGACCAUAGAUCGUUUACAACCUGGCAAGGCCAAGGGUAAUCUCAUACAAAAUGUAAAUAAACCCGACGAACUGUUUGCAUUGGGUCCUGCUGGAGGUGGUCCCAUUAAGACCAAAGAAAUCAAGAAUGCUUUGAUUGUAGAGACUGCGGAUAAUGUACCCAAGCUGAGUUUGGGUUCGGUGAUAAAAACCGAUGACUUUUCCAUUGGGUCAACACCUUCUUUCAUUGACGAACUGGCCAGUAAGACGGUAAAUAAGGCGGCCCUAAGUCCGGCAUUGGGCUUGGGUGACAAGGACAAGGAAGAAAAAGAUGAGCAUGGCACCAACAGCCUUAAGGCAAAGGAAAACGUAUUGGAGGGUUUGUUGCCCUUCCCCAAAGUCACAUCGUCGUUGGCGGCCACAACAUUGGCCUCGGCUGGCGGUGACAAAGAUAAACUGGAGGAAGACGGGAAAUUGGGUGAUAAACCACGACCUUUUGAGGCCUUGUUGGUCGCCACGCAGGCCAAAACUUUAAGUUCAACUGCCAAUAAAAAGGCCACCGAUGUCAAUGCCAAUGCCACUGGUGACGCUAAGGCCGGCAAGGAGAAGCCAAAUUUGAGUGCCUGGUUUAAGGCAUUUGGGGCACCCAAGAAGACCAAGAAAUCCGAAGAAGAAGAAAAACAGACACAAGAUAACAAUGGUGAAAACAGCAAUGAAAAGGGUGCAGAUAAGGUAGCCGGAGCAUUGGGAACCUCGGCGCUGGGUCUGUCCACAAACCCAGCAAAUAAAAGUCCCACGGCCACAGCAGCGGCUACUCCUUUGAUUGGAGACACGUUUUCUCUGCCUUCGGCACCAAGGCAACGUAAGGGCAGUACCGGUAGUACAAUCUCCGAAAGAUCUAGCUUUAGUCAAGACCCCGACUCGCCACGUAUCACCAUUGAAGAUCGCUAUGGUGCCUAUAAUGCGGGCAGUUAUACAUCACCCAUCGGAGCAUCUCCCAUUGGCGCCUCACCCAUUAUGGUGUCACCCAAACCGGAUGAGAUAACAAAACCUGCCUCUCCCUACCCUCUGAAUGGUACAAUCAAGGUGAAUUUCUAUCAAGAUACCACAACAAAAAGCAGCCCCGACAAAAGCUGCAGUCCCCGGGAAAUGCCUUCACCAUAUCCACAGUAUUCUCAACAUAUUUAUUCAUCGGCUUCGUCGCCUAAUGUUUCGACGCCAGAAUUGAGUGGCACAUCUCCUUAUGGAGGGGCAAAUAGCUACAAUCCUUCUGGAUCGGAGGCCUCCAAAACACCGGUUUACUCCUCAACCUCACCAUUACCAAAUCUCUAUGAUCAGUACAAGCAGCCAAGGAGUCAAGAAUCGGACUACAACAGUUCAAUGAGUCCCAGUACACCAAAUCCCCAUUCACCUUAUCAGCAGCCUCAAAACUCACCAUAUGCCACACCGCAUACCACACCACAGCCUCAUCAAAGUCCCUAUCAUCCACCCAACUCCCCAUAUCAAGCGGCAGCGGUGGGGGCGGGUCCCCAACAAUCUCCUUAUGGUGCCACACAUACCCCAAAUACGGCCGGAAUUACUUCGACAAAUUUGGGUCAUAGUCCCGCGCAUACACCUCCAGUAGCCAGUGGAGGGUCAUCCAGUGUGCAUUCACCCUUAAACCAGCAACAACAUAGCCCUCUACCCAACAUAGAUUCACCGGCCUCUUCGGCCGCCACUCAGCCACCAACUCCCUUGGCCCAGUCUCCAGCUGAGCAAUCCCAGCAAAAUUCACCCUAUCAACAGCCUGUCAUGUCGCCUUAUCAACAGCAACCGCCUAGUGUGGGUAGCCAACAACAACAGGCAGUGGCACAGACCCCACCCCAACCGCCCACAUAUGGCGGUCAAUCAAGUUUGGGCACCACCGGAAGUCAUAAUUACCAUGUGGGAAGUGCGGGCCUAGGGGGUGGCUAUGGCAAUGACGUUACCACUACAAAUAAGGAUCAACAGCAGCAAAACACUAAUAUGUAUGCUCCCAAAAUGGAUAACACACCAUCUCCAGCUUCGGUUACAGCCUCGGUUGGGGGUUUGUCGUCGACUCAGUCGUCAUCGUCUGCCUCUUCCUUGAAUAUCAAUACAAAUGCCUAUGUGCCUCCACCAUCACAACAGCAACAACAGCAGCAAUCACAACAAUUACAACAACAUCAAUCUCCCCAUCUGCAGAAUCCAAAGGAGGAUUCCAGUUCCGCUAACUCCCAGUCCUCCACGACGGCGAGUAGUUUACAGAAUAUCUUUGGUGCGUCAAUGAUGAGGGGAACAAACAGUACGGAGGGUAAUAAUUUAACGGAUGUAAGCAAGACUUCAAGGACCAAUGAUUGGCGGGAUACCACAACCAAUGCCAAUAACAACAACAACAACAACAACAACAACAGUGGCCAACAACCCCAGCCGCAGCAGACGCAGUUGGGAAAUAACCAGAAUUCCCAGCAAUCAACUCAACAACAACAUGUCAAUCUCUUGUCUCAUUUGAAUGCACCACAACAGCAAUCCCAACAACAACAACCCCAGCAACAACAACAACAACACUCUUUAAUAUCCAACAAACCCAGCUAUCCCACCUAUGCCCAAUACCAGGCUGAGGCUGCCAGUAAAAUGUUGACAUCAUCCAACAGCACAACGGAUGAGACCCUUAAGGAUUCCCAAAAAUCAAAUCCAGCGGGUCUUAAUACAACCAAUCAAUAUGGUUUGAAUUCCAACAACAGUAACAACAACAACAAUGCAAGCAAUUCAAGUCUAACCUCACAAAAUUCAGGGGAUAUGGCAGCAUUUAUGCAGCAUAUGCAUCAACAGGUCCAGGCCCAUAAAAGUUCAUUGAAUACGACAGUGGGAAAUACACAACAGCAGCAGCAACAGCAACAACAACAAAUUGGACAACAACAAACACAUCAACAGCAACAACAUGGGCAACAAAUGCAGCAUAAUUCCCUUAAGCGCCCCGCAGAGAAUCUAAUGGAAAUGGAUUUCGUUGGAGCCACAGCUAGGAAACAACAAAAAUGUGAUGAUUCCAGCAACAACUCGGCAAGGGUGCAACAGACCAAUUCCUCUAAUACUCAAGCCACAAAUCUGCAGCAACAACAGCCACAACAACAAAGUACCCUGUCGGCCUUGUUGUCACAAACAAAUCCGAUGCAGCAGCAGCAGCAACAGACAACUUCUCAGCAGCAACAACAACAAAGCCAACAGGAUCCCCAGCAACAGCAGCUAUCCAAAUAUUCCCAAAUGUUCGACUCCUUCCUGGGCUCGAUGGCCUUUGGCAAGCAUUUUGGAAAUAUAGCUCCGGAAAAGGCCUUUGCCAUGUACAAUCAGGCAGCAUCGUUGGGCUUCCCCAAGGACUAUACCAAAGAUAAUCAACAAAGUGCUAGCUUGCAGCAGCAACAGCAACAACAAAAAUCUCAAAUGCAAUCGGAAGCAAAUAAGCAGCAGCAACAACAUUUGACGGCCAGCAGCAGUGGUAGUGGUGGUCAUUUAAUGCAUCAGCAGCAGCAACAACAAAAUGAUCACCAGCAGCAGCAGGCCCUGCAGCAACAGCAGCAAUCAAUGCAGCAGCAACAGAACAAGACAGCUUUGGAUAUCUUAAAGGCCAGUUUGAACUAUAGCGCAGUGCAAAGUACAAAUCCCAAUUCCAAUACAAGUUUAAUGCAACAACAACAACAGCUUGGACAACCGCAACAACAAAAGGCAAGCGAUAGUCUGCAACAGCCUUUAAAUAUGUCCAAUAAUGAUAAUAAUACAUAUAUGGCUCAUCAACAGCAGCAGCAACAGCAACAACAUCAGCAACAACAACAGCAACAACAUCAUGGCAUGCAACAACAACAUAGCCUAUAUGGGGCCCCUAAUAAACUAACCCAAAACACUCCUCAACAGCAACAACAUCAACUGAACUACAGCCAGCAACAACAGCACCAACAACAUUCUAACAGCAGUGAUAAAAAUUCCACCAGCUCCAGUUCUCUAUCCUCCACUGGUGCCACAAAUCAUGAUAGUAAUUCCACUUCGAAUUCUUCCACCUCCAAUAGCACCCUCUUAUCGGCCAUGACCUCGGCCAGUCAUCAUCUAUCCCAUUCACAUCAUUUGUCGGCCUACAACAAGCCCACACCUCCUCCACCACCCAGUCAGACAUACAACAAUCCUGCCUCUUCGUUGCUGCAUCCCCUCGGUGAUCCCACAGCUCUGAUGGGUUUGACGAGCUCAGCAGCGGCAGCUACAAAUUACUAUGACAAAACAAUGCCGCCGGCGGCUCAUACCUAUAGUUCAGCGGCUACGGCCAGUAAGGGUGUCUCCCAGCAUUAUUUGAAUUCAAUGCAACAGACAUCGGUGAGCAAUAACAGCAACAGUGGGUCGGGGGGAGGUUCUGCUGGAAGUGGUGCAAGUAUUUAUGGCAAUCCACAUCAAAUGCCCACGGCGGCCUCCUCAGCCACGAAUUAUUUGCAUAGUUUAACGGGGGCCAACAGUGCGGCACAGCAACAGCAGCAGCAGCAAGUGGAGCCACAAAAGCCUGCCCCAGCCAAGCGGGGACGUAAAAAGAAGGCCUCCACCAUUGCAGCAGAACAGGCGGCAGCCCAGGCAAAAUUGCAGCAACAGCAACAGGCUCAGGCUCAAGCCCAACAACAGCAGCAACAGUUGCAACAACAACAGCAUCAUCAAAGUCAACAGCAGCACCACCAAUCACAACAGCAACAACAACAUCAUCAAUCACAACAGCAGCAACAACAACAAAAUCUUUACAACAAUCCUGCCUCGCAAAAUCCCAAUACCUCCUCGGCGGCUGCAGUGGCGGCCGUUGCUGCAGCAGCUGCCGCAGUACCCACAGCUCACCAGCUGCAGGCCCUGCAAUCAUUUCAACUGUAUGCUGGCCUUAAAUCUACCGGGGUUGGAUCACCCCUCUCCACCUCAAAUUCUUCGCAAGCCACAAUUGGCUCAUCGCAAAAUUCCUCCUCUACAGCAGUGGCAGGAAAUCACCACAAUACCUCAAAUUCCUCUGUUUCAACCUCGACAACCUCUGCUCUGGAUGCUGCCCUUUCAUUGAAAACUGCUGCCGCCGGCAUGGUGCCCGGUAGUGCAUUUAAUUUUGGCCACACUGCGGCCAGCACCCUGGGUUUGUAUGGUGAUCAGACGGGAUCCAGUUAUCUUGAUCAAUUUCGAGAUGCCUCCAAUCCUUAUUACAUGGCUCCGGCACCGGCCCAUCGCAGCAGUAAUGCCGCAAAUGAUGCCAGCAAUGCCGUGAGUGCUGCCGCCGCCAGUGUCAUGGACAAAACACAAUCUGCCCUUAGUCCAGCGGCCGCAGCAGCAGCCGCCGCCAAUCCCUACAGUUUUCUGGCCCAUCCCUCGACACGGCCCGCCCCAUAUCCCUUUAUGAAUGCUGCCUCUCAACUGGAUGCCAACAGUCAAUUGUAUCAACAAUAUUUACGACGUGAUGACUAUCACACACGUAUGAUGUCGUUUUCGCCACUGCUCACCGCCCCAGCGGCGGCUGCUGCAGCCGGCUAUGGCCAACCACCACCCUCAGCCUAUAGGCCAUCAACGUUGGGCAUUCCCAAACCAUAUGAUGCUGCAAAUCCACGUUCAUGGUUCUAGCAGUGCGCCCAAAAUGGGCAAACAUCUACGGGUCUAGACAAUAAUGCCGGCACAACAACAGCAACGACGAUGACGACAACAACGGAUAAUAAUAACAGGGAUCAAAUGGCAAUGAUGAACAAUGUUACGGCUUCAGCAGCAGCCGGGGGGUCAUCAGGGAUUCUUGGUCAACAGCAGCAGCAACAACAACAAGUCGUACAUCAACUUCACUCAGACGCUGUGGCUGGCAAUAGUUUUGGAACAUAGAAGCUAUCGCCCUACAAAAAGUAGGUUUUGUUUUUGUUAACGCUGGUCGUGGGAAUUAAAACAUUUUUAAAGAUUUUCAAAAAAUUUCUUGGUAAUAAUUUUCAACUGAGUUUAUUUUCUGUCAUUUAACGGAGACUCUUGAGGAUAGGAGGAUUGGGCGAAUGUAAGGAUUUUCCCCUUGAAUUCCAAGGUUUUACGGCUGAAUACUUUUUUAGUGACGUGGUAAGGGCUAAGCUUAAGGAUAUGUAAAAGCUUUUCAACCCCAAGAGCAAGUGAAAAGGGUUGUGCCCAUCAAUGAGAUACAUAUCGGCAACUUCUAGAUUCUGUGAGAAUAAAACACGAAUAUCUAAUGUAAUGAGGUGGUGUAUUUUUCUUAUAUCGAUUUUGAGUUAUUAAAUCCUUGUAUCUUUUUGAGUCUGAUAGUCUAAUUACAUCUUCCACAAUUCUAAUGUCCUCUACCGAGAACUAUCAUUGACGUUUUGUAUGAACUGAAUUGCGAAUGUAAUAGUUUUCAACCUUGACUAGAUGGACGGAAAGAAUAAUCGUUUGUUUAAGGUCUUUUUUAAUGCAAUCCGGUUUGGGGACAUGGAAAAAACAUUUAAUAAAAAACCUUUGGCAGAGGACUCUCCAUAGAUUUCUUUAGAAGACCUUUAAUAUGUAGAACACUUUUCCAGUUCUUUUGUGUCUCAAAACCAUACAUGUCUUCUUUAGUUCAAAAUCCUUUUAUUUCGUGCAUCUUUUAUAGUUCUUCUAAAGACAGAAUUACUCAACACAAGACAUUCUGAAAAAAUAAAAUACUUUCUCUCAAAGUAUAUCGACUAUAACAAAAAAUGUAUUCCAAGGCAGUUUCAUACAUGAAGAGGUCUCUUAGUUGGAAUAUUUUUCCCAGGAUUUAUUAUAGAUGGAAAUAAUCCUAUCUACCAUAUUUUGAUUUGAUUAGUCUGUUUUUUAAAUCAAUUUAAUUUGAGGCCAUGAAAAAAACCUUUAAUAUUCGAGACAUCAAAAUGAUCUAACUAAAAAAUUAGUUGACAGAGGUCUCUUAUUUGGAGUAUUAUCCAUAGAUUUCGAAAGAACAACUUUAACAUAUAGAACACUUUUCCAGUUCUUUUGGGUCUCAAAACCCCUUCAAUAUGUCUUCUUUAGCUCAAAAUCCUUUUGUAAGCAUUUUAUGGAUCUUCUAUAAUAUAAUAUAAAUAGUUCUUCUACAGACAGAAUUGCUUCUUAUAGACACACAAGACAUUCUGAAAGAAUAAGACACCUUUUAAAAAAAUCUUAUUCAUACAUGAAAGAAGAUCUGGGGAAAUUUGAGAAAGAUGAAUUUUUAUAUCUCCCAUAUUUGAAGAAUCUACCCUAUAUAGAACCUUUCUAGGAUUAUUUAUAAAUUUCUCAGGAUUUAUUAUAAAUGGAAAUAAUCCUAUCUACUACAGAAUUUGUAAACCCCUUCUAUCUGUCUUCUUUGGCUGAAAUCGCCUUUCUACAUAUCUUUGUUAACAGAAAAUCCAUUUGCAAUUCUUCUACGGAUCUCUUAAAAGGCACAAGAACACUUUAAAGGCACAAAGCUUCUACAGGACGGUUUUGCAACGAAUAUAAACCCCUUCUACCUGUCUUCUCUGUUUGAAGUCCCCUUUCUACAUUUCUUCGUUAGCUGAAAAUCAAUCCAGCCAGGAUCUUUAAAAGACACGAACACUUUAAAGGCACAAAGCUUCUGCAGGUCUGUCUUGCAACAGCUUCUACAGUAUUUUUUAAAUGAAUCGACUUCUAAAUUUACUCUAGGGGUCUUCUAUACAUAUACUUUUUUUGUGUAUUAAGAUUGAUCUUCUGCAGGCCAUCAGCUUAUUCUCCACACAAAAAAUCUUCGUUGCUUAAAAUUAAGUAUUUUGAUCUAUCUUUGAGGAAAUUUAUGGGUGUUUUUUAUAUAUCCUUGAAAAGACCUUCCUCAUAAAAGCUUCAGCAUUAUUUUUUUUCUAUAUUGAAGGUCUUCAAGCAAAUCUUUGAGGCCUUUAUUUUUAAAUAUUUUUCUGUUUCCUCGAUAUAUAAAACCAUUUUUAUCGACAGGCCAUUUUGAUAAUUUCAGGGAUGAAAUAUGUCCUCAUAUAAUUGAUAACACACAAGGCUUAUACAAGAUCGAAACAUCCUCUGAAAAUUUUUUCUAAAUAAAUCGGCUUCUAAAUUUAUGCUCCAUAGAAGAAUAUCUACGUUUUAAUUCUUAGGUGGUGGGUAUUUAUUUAUUUAUCGUUGAGAAGACCAUCUUCAUUGCAGCUUUUACAUUUUACCCUUUUUUAAAGUUAAGAUCUCGAAGACAUUUGUAGAACCUUUUUGAGUAGGAGACACUAUAUAGUUCUUUGAUAAAUAGAAAAAUUUCAAUGGAUAAGUAGGGAGAUAACUUCGUAGUUAUACAGUUGAAUAAAUGCCAUGUUUUGGUCUUCUUUCAAUAGCUGGCUUUCCAAGGCGAGUGUUGUGUUCCCUAAAAGAACUUGGUGGAUUUUGUAGAUGUUCUAGAAAUACAAAUUUGAAAAGGUCUGUUUGGGUUCGAUGAUGUUAAAUACUAUCCGAUGUCGUAUUCACCUCAAGAUGUUUUGGGAUCCUAUAUGAUGAGAGACAUACAAAAUUAAAUGGCCACUCCAGAAGAAUCUAAUUAUUCGAGGAUAAGUUUUUGGAUUAAAUUUGUUCCUGGCGAUCGUUCCCUAAAAUAACUUGGUGGAUUUUGUCGAUGUUCCAGAAAUACAAAUUUGGAAAGACCUGUCUGUGUUCGAUGAUGUCAAAUACUAUCCGAUGUCGUAUUCACUUUUCAACGAUCACUCCAGAAACAUCUACUUAAUCGAGGACAAGUUUUUGGAUUAAAUUGGUUCCUGGCGAGUGUUCCCUAAAAGAACUUGGUGGAUUUUGUCGAUGUUCCAAAAAUACAAAUUUGAAAAGGUCUGUUUGGGUUCGGUGAUGUCCAAUACUAUGUCGUAUUCACCCCAAGAUGUUUUGGGUGGGACCCUAUUGACCCUUUAUCUACUAAUUCGAGGAUAAGUUUUUGUAUUAAAUUUGUUCCUGGCGAGCGAUGUGUUCCCUUAAAGAACUUUGUGGAUUUUGUCAAUGUUCAAUAAAUACAAAUUCGAAAGGGCUUAUUUAAGUGCGAUUUCGUAUUCACCACAAGAUGUUUUGGGACCCUUUAUGAGGAGAGACAUAAAAAUUAAAUCAUUUAUUUAUUAGUAUUCUGAAAAUUCUGUUCUGUUUUGUUUCCAUAUGGGUGUUGGACCCAAUUAUUUUCCAAAAAGUGAAGAAAACCGCCCAAUUGGUUUUGGACAGUUCUCCGCAGAAUGAUAAAAAAUGUAACUCAUUUGAAAAUUAUAUAAAUUAUAAUAAUAAUAAUAAAAUAUCCUUAAAAAGGAUUGUGUUUCUUGAACAUAAUUUCAAAUGGAAAUAAUGGCAUAUUUCUUUUUCUGUGCAAUUCUUGAAAUGAAAUAAUUUUUUUUUAAAAAUGCUUUUAAUUGAUUUUAAUGGAAAAAUAUGGUAAAUAUUUCAAAUAUUCUAAAGAUAAAAAAAAUACUUUGAAAGAAAAAUCUACCACAUCAUCAUGACUUCCUCUGAUACAAACAACCUUAAAAAACACAAUAAUUUUAUGUUUCAAUAAAAAUAUAUAUGAAAAUAAUUUUGAAAAUUAAUUUAUAAUUUUCAUUUAUAUUUUAGCUAAGAAAAAUAAUUACACUAAAUUUUGUUUAAUUAUAAAAGAAAUAAAUCUUAAUUUAAGUAUUAUUAAUUAAAAUAAUCUCUAUAAUAAUUAUAAAUACAAUUUAAGAUUUAGUUUUUAGCGAAACAAACAAAUAAUUCUUUAAAGAAAAAAAAACAACCAUUACAUCUAAGAUAAACAGAAUUAUUAAUAAUUUUUAAGUGAGAUUACAUAAAAAAUAAUAUAUUUUUUAUUAUUAAGUUCUUACAAGGAAUAAAGAAACAAAUUACAAAACACACGUACACACAAUUAAAUAUUACUCACUGAUAAAUAAAACAAAGAAAAAAAUAAAAUAAAUUGUUGAAUUUCUAGAACUCAGCUCUAAAUAUUUUUUUAAUUAUUAUUAUUUAUUAUUUAAAAAAUAAAAUAAAAAAAUAUAUUUUUAAUUGUUUUUGUUAUAUAUUGAAAAUGAAAAAAAAAUACAAUAACUUUUAUAAAAAAUACAUAAAUAUUAUCCGCCGACACACUCACAUAAAUAUCAAUUUUUUAAUUUUUAUAAACAUUUUUAAUUUAUAUUAUUAAUAUUUUUAAAACAAAUUUUAACAAAAAUUUAAUUUCCUUGCAAAAAAUCAUGAUUUUUUUUUAAUUUUAUAAAAACAGUAAUAUUAUUGUAAAUUUUUUGUUUCUUUUCUAUAAUUUUAGACAUACUAUUUUUUAUAUAUAAAUACAAUAUGUUUAUAUUAAUACCGCCUGUGUUGUAAGCAGAUUAUAAAUAAAAUGUAAAUAUAUUUUUUUUAAACAUUUGUUGGUUUCACAUUUUUUAUUAUUAUAAGAAAAAACAAAAAUAUUACAAAUAAAAAACAAAAGCUUUUUGAUGACAGAUUUUAGUGAAGCAGGAAUAUUAACAAAAAUAUAUACACAUAUUUAUAUAUAUGAAAGAAAAGAAUAAACAACAAUAAAUAAGAUAUCACACCAACUGACAAAACAAAAGCAAAAUAAUUGUUUUCAAGUAGUGUAAUAACAAUAUAUCCAAAUACCACAACAAUAACAUCAAUACAUUAACAAAAAUAAAAGUUAACAUUCCUCACGUUACAACUAAGAAGACAUCAUAAAAACAAGUAAAGAAAACAAAACAAAAAGCUAUUACAAAAUAAAAGAAAACUCAAUAAUGUACACAUAUUUUGUUAACAUAAAAAAUAAAAACAAAAAAAAAAUACAAUUUAUGUAAAUUAAAUGUUUUUUGUUGUUGUCUUGUAGGUUUAUACCAUAGAUUUUUGUAAUUUAUAAAAAAUAUCUCUGUUUUGUCAUGAUAAUUUUUACUUACGGCAGAUGUAGCAAUUUCCAAAUCCAACCAAGUCUAACCAAUAACCAAGUCUAUUUUUCCAUGUCCUCAACUGAAGGAGAAGGGAAGAGAUAGUAGAUGAUGAGAGAGGGAAGAGAUAGUUGAUUUCCUCAGAUUCCGCAUCGCUGAAUGGGCAUUUUGAUACAUUGCACCUUGGUUCAUCCUCGCUCUUUUAUUGAAGAACAAUUCUAAUGGUCAGAAAAAAUACCUAAGGAGUAGAUGCUAAUCGAAGUAGUAACCUCAACGCGUCUUAGCUAGUUUUCCUCGUUUGCCUAUACUUUGUGAUGACGCCAUAGAAUUAAUCUAUGUGUAGGUACGAUUUCAGAUCUUGGAAAGUAAGGUUGUUUGAAAGUAAUGCAAAAGUUGGUGGUGGUGGAUUUAAUUAUUUACAGUCCCCGGAUCCUUUGAUUUCUGUUAGGAAUAAGGAUCAUAGCUUGACUUGGAGAUAUCUAAUCGCUUUUGAGGUAAUGAAUGUUGAGAUCCAUGUCACCUCUAUGCAUGCUAGACCAAUAUUCAGUGCCAUAUUCAGUUUUCUUGAAGGCAUUUGAAGGACCAAUUUAACAGGUUAGAUCGGCUCAAUAUUUUUGUAAAGAUCUAAAAAAUUUUCAUUAAAAAAAUUCAUACAUUUAAAAAUAGGUUCUUGAAAAUGUCAUGAUUUAUGCCAAGAAGUCCCUCAAAAGACAUUGAUAUAGAGUUUAGGGCCACCUCGCGAAAUGAUAUACAACUAUUAAGGCAGGUAUUGGGGUGGUCCCGAGUAUAACGAUAUAAUUUGAAAUAACAUAAAUGGAGAAGAACAUAUUUCCCGAGUUAUGGGCCUCUUAAAUGUGAAGUUCGAACGGCAACCUGUUGAAACUUUACUUUUAUGAAAGGGUAGUCGGUUUUGGAAUCUGUCCGCAAGUGAAAAUAUUAAAUCUCCGGCCGAAGGAGAUUUAAUUUUUAAAAUUAUGAGUCGUCUAGACGGUGUUGGACUUACCCAAGGCCCAGCUUAAGACCGGAUACUUCCAAAAUAAGCUGGAUACUUCCUCGUAGCUGGUGUUGAACAUAUUCAUAUUUAAAAAAAUAUAAAAUAUAGAAAUCUAAGUUGUUUAGCCGAUUUGAUAUACAUUUUGCCUUGUAUGGUCCUUACAAACACUGGAAAUAUUUAAGACACUAACAGAACUAUAGGGACUCGUUACUAAGAAAUUAUCGACUCUUCAACGAAAAAAAAAUUAUAAAAAAAAAAAUAAAAAAUCCACGAUUAUGGGUCCAGAAUUUUAAUAGAUUUCUUAUAGGUUCCGCGAUUAUUGGCCUGAAAUUUUAAAAAUAAUAUGAAAAAUCCAUCUUUUUAGAUUGGAAGUUUUAGGAAAAUAUUUAAAAAAAAUCCCACCCCUUGGUUCAAAAAUCAAAAGUUUUCAAAUACCUAUUUUGGAUCCCAAUUUUUUAGAAAUAAAUUUUAAAAAAAAUAUAUGAUUUUUAGCCGUUUUUUUAAUGAAAAAUGUUUUUUUUAAGAAUAUUUUUUUUUAAAUUUACGAUUUUUGGUCUGGAAAUUAAGGAAAUUAUUUUUUAGAAAUCCAGUUUUUUUUGGUCCGAUUUUAUAAAAUGAUAUUUUGGGAGAACCCGCAAGUUUCAGAGAAAUAUUUAUAGUUAGUUAUUUAUAUAAACUUGCGGACAUUUAAAAUCCGCAAGUUUUGUCCGAAUUUUAAAAAAAAACAAUUUUUAAAAAAAAUCUUUUCUGACCAAUAAUUUCUUUUUUUACUUCGAUAUAUAGCAAUUAUCGUCCUCUUUGAUUUGUAAGAAGAGUUUAUAUAAUGGUCUUCUCUAAGAUGUAUAGGAAAUUGGACAUCCUCUAUGUCAUUUUCCCUUUCCAACGGACAGAAGUAUGUUACGUGAACAUGGAACUCCAUAUUUUUAUGUCGAAUUAGACUUUCCGAGAAUAUGUUUGGAAAGUUUUCUUCAAGAGUACAUGUCUUCUAACUUCUAUAAUUUUCUUUUUAUUCGCCCAUUACACUCUUGUCUUUUGAACAUUACAAUAAACCGAUUGUCCUCGAGUGCUUUUGCUAUCCUCUUUAAAUACAAAAAUCUUAAUAUACUUUUUAUUUAUUUCCCAUAAUUAAAUAAUAUGGCCUUUUUGUUACAAAUGAUUGAAUCCAAUGGAAUAAUGAAAUAAUUUUAAAUUAAUCUAUAAAUAUUUAUAUAACACAAAAAAUACAACAAAUUAUAUUUUCAAAUUUUUGUUACCAUUUGUGUACACAUUUAUUUUUGUUACUAUUUUUUAAGAAAUAAUUUAAUGCAAAAAACCUCUAUACGGUAACUAUAAUAAAUCAUUAACAAAAACCCCAUAAAUUCUAGAAUGACACCAUAAAAAUGUACCUUAGUGUAAAUUUAAAUCAUAACAAAAAACAAACAACA